AUGUCGGUUCUGAUAGUUACGAGCGUAGGAGAUAUCAUUAUGGACUUGCAUACCGAUCUCUGUCCCUUCACCACCAAGAACUUCUUGAAGCUUUGCAAGAUUAAAUACUACAAUGGUUGUUUAUUUCACACGGUUCAAAAGGAUUUUACUGCCCAAACUGGUGAUCCUACUGGAACAGGGACUGGUGGUGAUUCCAUCUACAAGUUCUUAUACGGUGAUCAAGCUUGCUUUUUUGGGGAUGAAAUUCGUUUGGAAUUAAAACACACCAAGAUGGGCACUGUUGCCAUGGCUAGUGCUGGAGAGGAUCUUAAUGCUUCACAAUUUUAUAUCACACUGCGUGACGAUCUUGACUAUCUUGAUGGGAAGCACACUGUUUUUGGGGAGAUUGCAGAGGGGCAUGAAACACUUCAGAGGAUAAAUGAAGCUUACGUGGAUGAUAAAAGCAGACCAUACAAAAAUAUACGAAUCAAACACACUUACAUAUUAGAUGAUCCUUUUGACGAUCCUUCACAACUAUCUGAGUUGAUUCCAGAUGCUUCUCCUGAAGGAAAACCAAAAGAUGAGGUUGAAAAUGAUGUACGACUUGAAGAUGACUGGGUGCCCAUGGAUGAGCAAUUAGGUGCAUCGGAGCUUGAGGAGAUUCUCCGUACGAAAGAUGCACAUUCCAGUGCAGUAGUGCUUGAGAGUAUAGGGGACAUUCCGGAUGCUGACAUAAAGCCUCCUGACAAUGUGCUGUUUGUUUGUAAACUAAAUCCAGUAACCGAAGAUGAGAACUUGCAUACUAUCUUUUCACGUUUUGGAACUGUGAUCAGCGCUGAAGUUAUCCGGGAUUAUAAAACUGGAGACAGCUUAUGCUAUGCCUUCAUUGGUGAGUGAACGAAUGAGGCUUGUGAACAAGCAUACUUUAAGAUGGACAAUGCUUUAAUUGAUGAUCGAAGGAUACAUGUGGAUUUUAGUCAAAGUGUUUCAAAAUUGUGGUCCCAAUACAGACGCAGAGAUAGCCAAAUGGCUAAAGGAAAAGGUUGUUUCAAAUGUGGUGCUCCAGAUCACAUUGCUAAGGAUUGUACAGGGGAUCCCUCCAGCAAACAGCAACCUCCAAAGUACACGUUAAAAGAGGAUAACAAUCAGCGAGGUGGAGACGAUAACUCGAGGUAUGAGAUGGUAUUUGAUGAGGACACUGCUAGAAGUCCACACCAAGAAAAGAAACGUAGAGACUACGAAAUAGAAGACAACAUUGAGAAACGAAAGGUUGAACGCCGAAGUUCAGAGGAUCUUAAGCAAAGGGAAUAUGAGAACUCCUGUGACAGGCAAAGGCACAGUGACAGAAGUAGAGAAUACAGGGAUCAUGAGAGGAACCGCGAAAGUAGAACUAGUCAGUCCAGUGGAAGCCAGAGGGACUAUAAGUAUCAUGAAGAGAGAAGAGAUAGAGAAAAGUAUACGGAGAAACGUGGGCAUAAAGAUGACAGCCGGAGAGAUGACCGGGAAUAUAAGAAGCGAAAUGAGAAUGAGCGAGAGUAUAGAAAAAGAAGUGUGGACAAUGAUAGCCGCGGAAGUGGGAGGGAUGAUGAAGGUCAUAAAAGGUUAAAUGUUGAUAAUCAUAGAAGAGACAAAAGAGAUGAGUUGAACAGGCCGGGUGAUCGCGAUCGCGAUCGUCAUAGAAGGCACUGAGGUGAUGGAAUGAGAUGACCACCUUUCAUAUGAUGGAUGGUUGCUUACAAUGAUUUUGUUGCCGCUGGUUCAUUUGCGGCUGCAAGGGAGAAAGGGCUUUUGAGAUCAGAGGGAAAAGAGUAUAUUGUACAAGAAGGGGAUGUGAUGCUGUUUCGUUUCAAUGUCUGAUCAGAACAUUGGGGAAUGCUGGAACUUGUUAUUUUGCCCAAUCAAGCUAAGUUGUAUUUUGAGAUGCAUAGCCCAAUUCAUUUGAAGGUCAUGGGGAUUUUCAGAAGUGGAGAUUGUCUUAAAUUUGAUAGCCAGUGCUUACUUCAUUGAGUUUACAUAAUCUCAAAUUGUUUUAAGGUGAAGAGUCAUAAGUUUUGCUUGUAGAGAACUUAAUUGGUUCAUUUAUCUUGUCAGUUAUAUUAUAUAUUAUAAAUUUUUUACAAGAAAAAGGGAAGAGUCCAGGCGAUGUGAACUCUGUGAUUUUAGCAUCUCUCAUUGUUGUAUCAAUUUUUUCGUUUUAAUUCUUAAAUUACCUUAAAUACAUUUUGCAGAAGGUUAUUUUGA